GGAGCCAAGAGGUUUCCCUUGAGGAGGUUCGCGGAGGCAUGGUUACGAGAGCCACUAGUGAGACCGCCAUCAGCGCGACGUGUGGUGAAGCUGCGGCGGCUGUGGCGUGGCCCUUUUCGGCAGUGGUGUGGUGGCCAGUGGUUCGCACUAUAGCGCUGAUAUAGCGAAACAGAUGGGCGUGACGGGGCGCAAGAGUCAGGCUGCCGCUGCCCUGCUUCUUGCUCUGCUGAUGGUGCCGUCGGUAGGCAGUCGACGGGGACGCCAGGAAUCGGCCACGCGGUCUCUGAGAGCCACACACGGUCUCCGCCAUGUUUUCGGAGUGGAAGGUCAACAACGCAAAACUUCACAGGCACCACAGACGCCGCGGCCGCCACAAGCACCACCAGCUUCGACCAUCCAGCGCGACACCAGACGCCACGGGGAGUCAACGGCUGGCGAGGAUGUGCAGCAUGCCAGAGAGUUUAAAGACGAGCAAAUCCCAGAAAGUACAGUUCCUGAGGUGCAUUCUGAUCCCGAGUCUCGACAAAGACCACAUAAGGUACCCAGGCCGGAAGCCCCGCGAGUUCCUGAACUGCCUGAGCACCUGCCCCCCGGACUGGCCAAGCGCCUCAACCAGUUUCCACGAGUGGCCGCUGGCCCGGAUGACUCUCCUCCCCAUGCUUUUUUCCAGCCGCGCAUACAGGUAGAGGCGGAGGAAGUAAGUGACGCGGAGUGGGAGCAGCUGUUGGUGGAGGGUUGGGCGAGGGACGGGGUGGUGCCUCGCCUCCUGCCCGCCCCGCCGCCAUUCCUUGUUAACGUGAAUUACGGAGAUCACCAAUGCGUCCAUCUGGGGAACACCAUCACCCCUGCUCACACCCGCGCUGCGCCCAACACCCUCAGGUUCCCCGGGGAAAAGGGCAGCCGCUACACCGUGAUGCUCAUUGAUGUGGACGCUCCUUCCCCGCCCCGCCUCCACUGGCUCCUAAUCAACGUCCCCGCGAAACAGCCUCGUGAAGGUGAUGAAUCGGUAGAGUACGAGGCGCCACGGCCAAACCUGGACACGGGGCAACAUCGCCUUGUGUUUCUGGUGUAUCAGCAGCGCACUAUCUUGAGAUCUUCAGACCCUAAGGUGCCGCGUGCUCGAUCCUGCCAGAGUACAGGCCGUGACCACAUUGACCUGACCCGCCUCACAUCUGACCUCGAACUGGAGGGACCCACCGCAGCCAAUUACUUCCUGUCGGAGUGGGACGUGACAGUGGAGCACACCUGUACUACAUCUGCUGCUUCCUAACAUACCUGUCCUCAAUGAGGGCUGGCCGAUGAGGGCCUACGCGUCCAUCUGCUGCAUUUUCGUUCCACAUCAACACGCACCUUUGCAUCACGGCCCUAUCCGCGGCUCCUUCCCCCCCCCCCAACACACACAUCGGUCUCUUUCCACCCCACCUUUAAGCUGAGUUUGCAGAAAGAAAAUACCAGGAAAAGUGUAUGCACAUCGACGAGGCCUAGCUGAAAGAAAAAAAAAAAAAUAUCGUAAAAUCGUAAUGAGAUAUGCAUUUAAUAUUACCAACCUGGUUCUUAAAACAUUAUUUACUUUUAGAUUUCGGCAUCCGGGCUGUGGACCCCACACAUACAUUCAUACGGUCACAUCAUGAACAAAGACUCACACGGUUAAGUAUUCUGGUUGUCCUCCGCGUGUUUUACCUCAUCACAACCUUCUUGUCUCCACUAAUUAUUCAUACUUUUCUUAUCCACUUCCAUGUCACCUCCCUAUAUAUUAAACUACUCGUACAUUACUACAUUUCAAUAAUCCAACGUUUUACACCUGAUGAGCGCGAAGCAUCAGUUUAUUUUUCUUCCCUUAAAUUAAUCAAAGAACGAGGGUGCGACGAGACAUUCAAGGAUGGAAUACGACUUUAUGAAAUCACUCAUAAAUAACUAUUUCUAGCUGAAAACAUCGAUGUGGAGAGUAUUAGGUAAGGUAAGAAAAACAGUGGUGGGAAGGUGGAACAUAAUCAAGAGUGAGGUAAGUUUAUGAGGAUUC